AUGGCUCUUGGACCUGGAGUGGACCAGCGAUCAGAUCCAGUACCGGCAAUGCCGUCUCACAACGCGAAUGGAAAAGGCGUACCUGUCUCAUCUCCUUCGUCAUCGUCCACAGCAUCUGAUACUGAACAUAACCAAAAUUCCAAGGCCAACCGUCCCCGUUUGGCGAAGCGGAGACCUAGUGCCUCCAUUCUGGUCCCUCGCGACCAUCCCGAAAUCGAGAUUGAGGAGGAGGAAUUCUCAUCAGAUGACGCCCGCGCCAUGAGUCCCAGGAGGAACUCUGCUGAUGUUGAGAGACUAGGUAGAGAAGCCAGAGAGUUCCUAGAAAAACAAGCAUUUAUCUUACAAUCAUCACUGCAAGCACUCGUGGAACGCAUUGAUGAAGUCAAGUCGGACCACGACAAACUGGAAAUGGAAAAUAGGUUCCUACAAGACUACAUUGGUGGUCUGACACGAACCAUGUCCGCGAAGACAGAGGUUACAUCAACCAGCGGCGUCGGGAAAGGGAAAAAGCCCCAGAAGUAA